AUGCCCGUGGCCCCACUUUCAGACUCGGCGGAGGGCCUGUGGGCCCAGCUACGCCUCGUAGGCCGCCGGUUGGACGAGGUGCAGCGUGAGGUUCGCCGGACUAGGGGAGACCCGGGGGCCGAGCAACACCAGGGGUCCCCCUUCACCCCCGAGAUUCAAGAGGAAGCAAUCUUGCCGCAUUUUCGGCUCCCGUCAUUGGAUGCCUAUGACGGUGCCACCGAUCCGGCGGACCACGUAGCUGCUUUCCGCGCCCAAAUGGCACUAUACGGGACAUCCGAUGCCCUGAUGUGCAGGGCGUUCCCGACAACCCUGCGGGGCCCAGCCCGAGCGUGGUACAGCAAUCUGAAGACCGCGACCAUCGCCUCUUUCGACCAACUGGCCAGAGACUUUGAGCUUAACUUCCUGGCUCACGCCAAACCGAAGCCGUCGGUGGCGAUGCUCCUCGGGCUCAACCAGAGGGAGGAUGAGCCCCUCUCUCACUUUGUGAACCGCUUCACCACACAAAUCCGCGGGCUGUCUGACGCUCACCCUUCUUUGAUGAUGCAGCCUCCUCGGACGAUCAGAGACCUGCAGCGCCUUAACGGGAGGCUAGUCGCGUUAUCACGUUUUCUUUCCCGAUCGGGAGAUCGCUGCCUCCCCUUCUUCCAAGCCCUGAAGGAUCCGAAGAACUUCCGAUGGACGACGGAAUGCGAGAGGGCCUUCGAGCGGAUGAAGCAACACCUGGCCAACCUCCCCCGACUCGCUUCAGUCUCCCCUGGGGAGAAAUUGAGUCUCUACCUCGUCGCCUCCCAGCACGCGGCCAGUUCGGUUCUGGUCAAAGAAAACUCCGGCGACCAACUGCCGGUCUACUAUGUCAGCCACAUGCUGAGCGGGCCAGAAGAACGUUACCCGCCAAUCGAAAAGCUGGCGCUGGCGCUCGUUUUGUCGGCGCGAAAGCUCCGCCCUUAUUUCCAGGCCCACCCGAUAGAGGUAAUAACUGACCAGCCGCUCCGGCUUGUUCUGUCUAAAUUCGACGUUGCAGGGCGUCUCCUCAAAUGGGCAGUGGAGCUCGGCGAGCACGACAUACAGUAUAUACCACGGACCGCCAUCAAAGCCCAGGCCGUGGCAGACUUCAUUGCAGAGCUCACCCCGAGCACCGGCGAGGAACUCGAGCCAUCGCGUGAGACGUGGACCCUCCACGUAGAUGGGUCGGCCAACGCAAAAGGCGCCGGUGCAGGGCUGGUGCUGGUGACACCUGACGGCCGCUCGAUCGAGCGCUCCUUCCGCUUCGGGUUCAGGGCCACCAACAACGAGGCAGAAUACGAGGCUCUCCUGGCGGGGCUCCAGUUGGCACUGGAAAUGCGAGUGACCGACAUACGCGUCAUCACCGACUCACAGCUGGUGGCUAGGCAGCUCGACGGCGGAUACGAAGCCCGGGACCCGACUAUGGCGAAAUAUCUGGCACAGGUAAAAAGCCUUGCCACCAAGUUCGCCCAUUUUGAAUUGUCGAAUGUUCCCAGGAGCGAGAACCAGCGAGCCGACACCCUGGCAAAAUGGGCGUCCGGCUCGGCCCCCUGGGCUCAACCCGAGACCGAAGUGCUCCCCCACCGAGCCAUAGAGGUCGUCGCCACGGUCACGGGCGGCGCGCCGGCCACUUGGGUACAGGAGAUGCUACGCUUCAAGCGGGAUGGGGCCCUACCCGACAAUGAAACCACGGCUCGACGCUUGCGUUGGACGCAGGCAUGGUACAUCGAAGAGGAAGGACGGCUGUACAAGCGGGCCUUCUCGCGCCCCUUGUUACGCUGCCUAGAGCCGAACGAAGCUCGGACCAUUCUGUCCGACAUGCAUGAAGGGGACGCGAAAGCUUUCGUGCGGCGGUGCAGCUCGUGCCAGGAGCACGCCCGUACCGCCCGACGGCUGGCGGUCCUGUUCACCCCUGUCGACUGUGCCUGGCCAUUCGCGCAAUGGGGACUGGACAUACUUGGGCCUCUCCCGCCCGCCUUCGGCCAGCGGAAGUACAUCAUCGUGGGAGUGGACUACUUUACCAGGUGGGUCGAAGCCGAGCCUCUAGCGACCAUUACGGAGUCACAAGUGGAAAGGUUCGUGUGGAGAAACCUCAUAACUCGGUUCGGCCUGCCCCAGUCCAUCGUCACCGACAAUGGACCUCAGUUCGCCGACAGGAGAUUCCAAGAGUUUUGCGCCAAGCACAAAAUUCAGCUGAGGUUCAGCUCGGUGGCUUACCCCCAGGCGAAUGGGCUAGCUGAGGUAACCAACCGGUCCAUCGUCGACGGCCUCAAGAGAAGGGUAUCCGCUGCCCGAUCGGCUUAG